ACGCAGUUCGUAUUAUAAAUAUUUUGCUGAAAUUAGUACGUUCCUUGAAAGAAAACAAAAACAACAAAUUUAUUAAAGGAAAAUAAUUACAAAAAAAUUAAAUCUAGUGAACGAACUAAACCUUGUUUGUGUGUAAAUUUAGGGUAAAUGAAUAAUUCAACCAACAAUAAACACUGAAAAGUGUUAUGUCAUUUUUCACGAAUUAUUUUUACCGAUUCUUACCUAAAUUAAUGUGAAGCAAAAACAAGUCUGAGGAAAAAGGUAUCGGGAAUGAUCACCAAGAAAUCGUUUUCAUGUCGACCAAACCAAAAAGUUAAAACUCGACAAAGUCGAUGAAAUGUGAUGUGAUAAUUUGUUAUCGAUUUAUUUUAAAAGUUUUUUUUUUAAUUUGUUGAUUUAGUUAUACAUUUUAUUAGAAAAUUUUCUUUGCUUUAUUCACACAAUUUUUCCUUGUGUUACAAACAAAACAUCAAAAAUAUUUAUCCAACACUCCAGCCUAUUAGUUAAAAAAAAAAGUUUCGGUUGUUUAUCGGGCUCGAUUCAUUUAAAAUGAACCACUUAGUCAACGAUUCUAAAUCAUCGGUAGCAUCGAUAAAAACUAGUAGUUCUAGCAUUAUAGGUGUGAAUGGAGACGGAAAUGUUGGUGUCCAUAACAAAAAUGUUACGGACACGAUGAGCGACAGCGCCACGAUUUCAAGAAGUACCUCAGAUAAAUAUAACACAAAUCACCAUAAGACUGAUCCUAACAUAAACAACAGUUUAGCGGUUAUUGUAAGUUUAGUGUCUGGAGCUGCAGCGGGCGCACUAGCAAAGAGUUCGAUAGCGCCAUUAGAUCGUGCCAAAAUUAAUUUCCAAAUAAAAAAGGAUAUUCCGUACUCUUUCAAAGCGGCGGCUGUAUUCCUGAAGAACACAUACACCAACGAAGGUUUUUUAGCAUUAUGGCGUGGGAAUUCGGCAACAAUGGCACGAAUUAUCCCUUAUGCUGCCAUACAAUUCACCGCCCACGAACAGUGGAAAAAGGUUCUGCGUGUAGAUCAAGGUGAAAGUACAAGUGGCCGAAGAUUCCUGGCAGGAUCAUUGGCUGGUAUAACAUCGCAAUCACUGACUUACCCACUGGACCUAGCACGAGCACGAAUGGCUGUAACAGACAAAUACACAGGCUACAAAACGCUAAGACAAGUUUUCAUUCGGAUAUGGAUUGACGAGGGUCCGCAAACACUAUUGCGAGGCUAUUGGGCGACGCUGCUUGGUGUAAUACCGUACGCCGGUGCCUCAUUCUUCACAUACGAAACGUUGAAGAAAAAAUAUUUCGAUGUGUACGGUGACAAUAAGCCAAACGCUUUCUAUAAGCUAGGGUUUGGGGCGUGUGCUGGUGUUAUUGGUCAAUCCAGCAGCUACCCUCUGGACAUUGUGCGACGACGAAUGCAGACUGUGGGUGUUAUUAAAGGCACCGAGAAUCAAUACAAAACGAUAUUCUCCACUUUGAAAAGCAUAUAUAGGGACGAAGGAAUUAAGGGCGGAUUUUUCAAAGGUUUAAGUAUGAACUGGAUUAAGGGCCCCAUAGCAGUUGGUAUUAGUUUUUCCACCUAUGACUUCAUCAAGGAGUUUUUACAAGUGAAAGCAGGAGUCAUCAAAUAAGUCGACUCAUCGAUUUGUGUAGUUAAAUUAUAACAAAAAAAGAAGAAAAAAAAACUGGGAAAUGCGUAGAUAUUUUUUGGAUGGUUCGUCGUGUUGUUGUUUAUUAUUUUCGAAUGAAUUUAUACAUAGUUAUCGUUCCCGGUUUGUUCACCCCAGUAUCACAUACUCUGCCAUAUGUAUUUUUUAUAGAAAUCCUUUUACAUAGAAAUAAUUACAACAACAAAAAAAAACUCAAAAAAAAACACAAUUUUACUUAGCAUAAAAUGAAAAAAUUCUUAUUUUAUUCUGAUUUCAUUUUUUUACUAUUUUUGCUGUAGUUCCUUUUAGGGUAUAUGCAUACAGUGUGUGUGGGUGGGUAUUUCCAUUCUUUUACAAUAAAAACAGCAGCGGGGCUUUAUAGACAAAACAAUUGUUAAGUAAGUCAGGAGUUAAGACUAUGAAAAACUAUUCAAUUAACUAAUGUUCGAUCGAUGUGAAUGGCAAUAAAAAGAAA